GAAAAAAAAUAAAAAUUAAAUAUAAUUUUCAACCAAACAAAUUCAAUGUCUUAUUUUUAUUUAUAAGGCAAAAUACAAGAAAAUUCAGGGAAUUAAUCAAAUGACUCCAAUUUAACUUGAUUAAUUUUUAUUGAAGCUUGUUUAAAAUGUAUAUAUUAUGUUUAUUCAUAACUAAUAGUCUAUCAUCAAGCUGACAAUAAAUCGUAUCUACAACUUCUCUCCCACUGGUCCGAAGGUUGCGGCUGAGAGCGGGCGGCGCGUGGCGCGUGACGCGUGACGCGUCUGAUUCACAUAAGCCGUCGCAUAUGCGACCGUCGAUUUCCUUUCGAGGGUUUUGGCAAUGCUGACGUAGCCAUCUUGUAGUCAACGGCAAUACGGAACUUACAGAAAUCUCUCUACAAUCCUACGCCAUAAAUGUGUUGAGCUUGAGCUCCUUCCAUACAAAUGGUAUUGUUCUCAUCGUCCUUUUACCAUUCCUGUUCUCUUCGAAACCCCCGCCAUCGGAAUCACAGCAAUACGACGCCGUCGCCUUCGAACCCUUGCUCGUCUUCCCCCUAUUCGUCUCACCCUAAUUCCUCGUACAGUCGCCCAGGGCGUAAUUGGAAUUUCAUUACAUUCUCCGGAAUAAGAAGUAUCUGGAAGCACCAGAGCUUCAAAGCUCUAGCAAUGACCACAACUGAAGGGAACUUUUCAUCACCGAGGGCCAUGGCUAAAGAUGAAGUUAAGCCCGAUCAUCUACUUGUUCUUGUUCAUGGCAUCAUGGGAAGCCCGAGCGACUGGACGUAUUUUGAAGCAGAGUUGAAGAGGCGGUUAGGAAGAAGCUUCUUGAUAUAUGCGAGUUCAUGUAAUACGUACACCAAGACAUUUUCCGGCAUUGAUGGUGCUGGUAAACGCCUGGCUGAUGAAGUCACAGAAGUUGUGAAGAAGACAGAGAGCUUGAAGAAGAUAUCCUUUUUGGCACAUUCUCUCGGUGGAUUAAUUUCAAGAUACGCAGUAGCUGUUCUGUACACACCAAAUAUCGAUCAGCCUAACUAUAUAACUACAUCGAACUCAACAAAUUUGGAAAAAUCGUGCUCUUCAGUUAAUGGUUUGAUUGCUGGGCUGGAAGCAAUCAAUUUUAUCGCGCUUGCUACGCCUCAUCUUGGAGUGAGAGGAAACAAGCAGCUUCCGUUUCUUCUGGGAAUGACUUUCUUGGAGAAACUUGCUGUCCCGGUUGCCUCGAUUUUCGCUGGCCGUACGGGUCGUCAACUCUUCCUUACAGAUGGAGAUCCCGAAAAUCCGCCUCUGUUAUUAAGAAUGGCCUCUGAUUGUGAAGAUGGAAAAUUCAUGCAACCACCUAGUCAAUCAUUGGACGGUUACGAACAUAUUGUCAAUGUCGAGUACUGCCUGCCAGUCUUGACCGAGAGUCCCGAUUUUUCUCCAGAAGCAGCCAAAGCAAAAGAGGCUGCACAAAACGAACCAAACACGAAGAACACAAGAGAGUAUCACGAGAUUAUGGAAGAGGAGAUGAUCGAUGGCUUACAACAGCUUGGCUGGGUAAAAGUUGACAUUAGCUUCCACUCGGCUUUCUGGCCAUUCCUAGCUCAUCACAACAUUCAUAUGAAAAGCGAAUGGUUCAAUAACUCUGGAGCUGGUGUGGUAGCUCAUGUUGCCGAUUUCAUAAAUCAGCAAACCGGGACAUCGGGUCCAAAUUUGCAGGGGAGAUAGAUAUAACACCAAGAUAUCUCUGUGUAUUUUCUGCAGAAAAAAAGCUUGGAAAAUGGACUUUGGAUCUACUUUCUUUCUUUCCCUCAUCUACUCUCAAAAAAUUCUCUAGUUCUAUGUUUAGUCAAUUGGAUGUGUGAAAUUUGAUUUGUAGUCAACUUUAGCCAUUAGUUGAAAAAAGUUUAUGAUCAUUCAUCCAUAUUUUGACAUUGUAGGGAUCUGUUCUUUCAUAAAUAUUGAAUAUAUAUUACUGCACAGUGCACAAUUUGAAGCACUUGAUUCAUAUUUGAAGAA